CUUUUAAAUGUCAAAAAAUCGCAUUUAAUGUUUGGCAAAGGCUCUCGCGAUUAAUUGGCGUUUAAAGAGUUCGCCGAUCCAUUCCAGUUUUCCCGCUCGAAUGUGCGCCAGAUUUGCACGGAGCUCGACCCUGACGUUCAGGGGAAUUCCCUCGUUUAUAAUUAGAUGGGUCGGGUGUCGAGGACCCUCUUUUUCGCAGUGCACGAGCAGAAAUAAUAAUAAUAAUAAUGUGAAACAUUGGAGCAUGCUGGGGGCCCCAUUGGCCGCGUCCCCCCUCAGACUGUGCGCUGUCCCUGGGUACGAUGGAAGGUGCAACGAUGUCGUUUACUGCAAUCCGUCGCAUCGCGCGGAAAAUCAAUCGACCGUCAUCUACUUCGGCGGGGACAUGCAGGACUUUACGGAGAAUAUGCAGUCGCACAGAGACAGCAAGAAUUAUCUGAAAUGGAAUCUGGAGGAUACGGCUCGGAUCCUCCACGGUAACUUUGCAGACUGUCACAUCAUCGUGAUAAGACCGGCGAGAAUCGAGUACAAGACUUUCAGCUGCUUCAAGAACUUCGUGCCGUGCAACAACUGCGGUUCGCCGGAGCACACGCCGAUGCACUUUGCGCUGCAGCACCUCGAGCGACUUCUGCAGAACGUGUCGGAGAAGCUGCGCACGAUGUCUGCGGAAGAUGUUGACGCGGCGAUAUCUCUAUCGAAGACCAGUCAUAUUCACGAUGAGACUGAGACUGAGGCGGAGCAGACGCCGCACGUCGGUAGCGAUGAGGCGAAUCUGUGGUGGCGCGAGAAUCUGCACCUGGACAAGAACAAUCUGCUGGUGAUCGGCUUCAGCAAGGGCUGCGUCGUGCUGAACCAGUUCCUCUACGAGUUCCAUUACCUGAAGACUUUGACUCCCGACGACCACUCAUCGAUGAGCGUCGUCUCGCGCAUCAAGGACAUGUACUGGCUUGACGGUGGUCAUUCCGGUGGCAAGAACACUUGGAUCACGUCGCGUCCCCUCCUGGAGACGCUCACCAGACUAGGUAUCAACGUCCACAUCCACGUGACGCCGUACCAGAUCCAGGACGAUCGCAGACCGUGCAUACGCAAGGAGGAGAAGGUCUUCGGGGAUCUGCUUAGACGGCUCGGCGCUCCCGUCACCCGCACCAUCCAUUUCGAGAACAUGUUUCCCAAUCUCUACAUGCACUUCGACAUCAUCAACGUCUUCAGAUUAGUCAAUGUCCACGGCUCCUCUACCCAAUGCACCGAGCCCGCAUCAAAAUGAUCUCUCCUCCAACUAACUUAUAUCUUUCUCUCCCUCGACUCUCCAUAACGUUUCCUUCGAACGGAAUUGACUUUUAUAUUUAUUUACGUUUCCUUCGCAUGAAAAACCCAACCCGCGUUUAAUUUACACUCUUACAUUAAGAGCCCUAAAGUUUAUUGUUAACUAUUUAUAUUAUUUUUCAACCGCUCAACUCUUGUUUACUGUUCAUCUCCUUUCGUUUUUCAAUUGUUACUUCGGGCAAUAAUAAACAGGACGAUUCACAACGAAAACUGCUGCUGAUCCCAAUUUAAUUUCCCAAAUUUGAUUUCGUUACGAUCUCUCUCUCUCUCUUCACUAGGAUAAUUGUACUCUGCGUAGAAUUUAUAUCAAACAAAAAAAAUUCUUAGCGAAGUUUUUUAGGAAAUUGGAACAAAAAUAAAUCAAAUUAUUUAUCGAUUGUUUUCCGAGGAAACAAAGUGUAUUUUUCAACAAAAAA